AUGGCAUCCCUUUUCUCUUGUUUCUGUGGCAGAGGUUUUGAAGGGGAUCGGAGUUUAAGGCGAGACUGGAGCUUUCCCCAUUCUCCUCCGUUGGACCCUGAUUUAUCUGACGUUGAAGAAGAUGAUGAAUAUUAUAUAUACCCCCAAAAAAGUGCAACAAAAAUAGGUACUAUGGUUGCUCUUGGAGGACCCACUACUUUAGCGGCCACAGUCUAUACAAAUGAUGAUGAUGGUGGUGGUAGUGGAUACAGUAGUGAUCAUUAUGGCAAUGGAUGGAACGACGGUGAGAAAAACUCCGUUAAAUAUGGUAGUGAUAACGGGGGUAGUAACUAUGGGAGUGGUGAGAAUAACUCCGUUAAUAAUGAGACAGUAAACGGGGGUAAUAGUACGUUAACGGGUGUGUAUAGUGAUGGUGGCUACGAAUAUGCUGAUGGUGAAUAUGGUGGCGGUGAUGCUAGUGAUAACGGAGGAGAAGAAGGUGGCCGAGACGGUAACUAUAGCGGUCAUGGUGGCAGUAACUACGGCAGUGGUGGAUACGAGAGUGCAUGA